UGUGGUCUUGUCUAGAGAACAGUGUCAACUUGGGUUUGCUUAGGAACAAAUGUUGGAGGGAUCCUCAAAGAGUCCCAGUCAUAGUGUGUUGUACCUUUCAAAUAAUUUAUGGCAGUCACAGGUACGUAUGUGGAUGUUCAGAGGGAAAAACAAUAUGGAGGACAGCGGUCUAUGCAGCAGGAGCUGUGUGGCUGCAGCUGGUCCGUGUGUUCCAAUGGCAGAUCUCGAGAUGGGCAAAAAGCUACUGCAAGUACAGCCAUGAAAACACACCUUUAUGAGGUUCUAUUUGAGGUUUUGGUAUAACAACAACAGGUAAAUCCAAUUAAUACUAAUCUAGUAAAAAAAAUAUCACUUUUUGUACUUACCAAAGAUGUCUUCAGUCACACAGCUAACAGAGAAAAAGUCAAUGCUUCCUUAAUUCACAGAUCUACACAUCUUACAAUGUUAAUGUCUUAUUGCUGUAAAGGUUUCUUUUUAAUUAUAUUCAGCGUCACACUUCUUUGAUGGUAUCUGAGAACAGAAGGAGAACAGAAAAUAAAAAUUUGUUUGAUCUCAAGUUACCCAUUAACAACAUAUUCCCAAGUUCCCUAACUAUAGAAGGAACUGCAAAACAUCAAGAGUGGUCACUCUGUCUAUAUAAUAAUAAUUCCUGGUUUGGUAUUUAAACUGUGGCACUUCCAAUGACACAUUCCUUUGCAUUACAUAAAAACAAAGCGCCGCCUUUUUUGGAGAAACCCUUCUGUCAUUCCCCAUAAAACCUGCAGCAGAGACACGUUUUGAAGAAUCUUCCCAUUUAUAGAGAAAGGGAGUAGAAAGCCAAGGGUACUUCAGACUAGAAGAUUUACCAAUGGACAUGCCACCUGAAGUCCCUAAAGAAGAUGGCAGGCCAAAGUGGGAUAACAAGUUCCAGUAUAUCUUAAGUUGUAUUGGAUUUGCCGUCGGCUUGGGGAACGUGUGGCGGUUUCCAUACUUGUGCCAGAUACACGGAGGUGGGGCAUUCCUGAUUCCAUACUUCAUCGCUCUUAUCUUUGAAGGAAUCCCGCUGCUGCAUCUUGAACUUGCCCUAGGGCAGUGCCUGAGGAAAGGCAGCAUCAAUGCCUGGCACACCAUCUCACCUUACCUGGGAGGAGUCGGGGUUGCUUCAUUGAUGGUGUCGAUUCUGGUGAGCUUAUACUACAACACCAUUCUAACCUGGGUGAUGUGGUACUUCAUCAACUCUUUCCAGGAACCCCUUCCAUGGAGCAUCUGCCCUCUAAAUGAAAACAGAACAGGGCUCAACGAAGAAUGUUAUGAAAGUACUGCAGUCAAUUAUUUUUGGUACAGGAAAACUUUGAACAUAACACCUGACGUCACCAACAGCGGCAUGUUACAGUGGUGGCUUGUUUUGUGCUUAGCAGCUUGCUGGGCAAUUGUGUAUCUCUGCACCAUUCGAGGGAUUGAAACCACAGGAAAGGCAAUUUAUGUAACAGCAAUAUUUCCUUACCUGGUCCUAACUAUAUUCCUUAUUCAUGGACUCACUCUACCAGGAGCCACCGAAGGUCUAGUGUACCUUUUCACCCCUAAUCUGAACAUCCUGAAAAAUCCCCGUGUGUGGCUUGAUGCUGCCACCCAGAUUUUCUUCUCUCUUUCUUUGGCUUUUGGAGGGCUUAUUGCAUUCUCAAGCUACAAUCCAUCAAAAAAUGACUGCGAAAAGGAUGCUGUGACAGUAGCAGUUGUGAACAGCAUAACAUCCCUCUAUGCUUCCAUUCCAGUCUUUUCUGUUUUGGGAUUUAAAGCAAUCACAGGCUAUUGGGACUGCUUGGACAGGAAUAUUAUCAGUGUCAUCAAUGAAUAUGAUCUUCCAGAACAAAGCAUUACACGACAGAACUACACAGACUGGAUCACGUUCCUGAAUUCAUCAAAUCCAGAAAAACUCGCUGGUCUGAAACUGAAAAGCUGUGACCUUCAAGAAUUUCUUGAUCAGAGCGUAUCAGGAUCUGGCCUGGCUUUCAUCGUGUUCACUCAAGCCAUUAUCCUAAUGCCGGGCUCACAGGCCUGGGCCAUCCUGUUUUUUGUAAUGUUGUUCAGCUUGGGCCUCUCUUCCAUGUUUGGAAACAUUGAAGGAGUCUUCACUCCUCUUCUAGAACUUCAAGUUAUAUCUAAAUCAAUACCUAAAGAGCUUUUGUCUGGUAUAAUAUGUCUAGCUUCCUUCCUUUUUGCUCUUUGUUUUACACUGGGUUCAGGGAGUUACUGGAUUGACAUUUUUGACAGCUACGCAGGCUCACUGCCUCUUCUAGUUAUCGCUUUCUUUGAGGUGAUUGGGAUUGCGUAUGUCUACAAAAUUAAAAGGUUCAGUAAAGACGUGAAAUGGAUGACUGGACGAAAACUAAAUCUCUACUGGCAAAUCACAUGGAGGUUUAUAAGCCCUCUGCUCCUGCUAAUUGUCUUUGUGGCCUUUGUUACUCUCCAGAUACAGAAGACGCCAACCUAUGCAGCCUGGAACCCCAAAUACGAACACUUCCCUGUGAAGGAACAGAAAGCCUAUCCACCUUGGGUACAGGCCAUCUGUGUGCUUUUGGCUGCUCUUCCUUGUAUAUUUAUACCUCUGGUAGCACUCAUCCAUCUGAUCAAACGAAUGUGCAAAAGGAAGGACCCAAGCCUUGUACCACCAGAAAUGUUUUCAUGUCAAGAGGUUAACAGCAAUUUUCCUCAUCCCCCCCAAAAAUAAAUGUUCUAUCUGUCUGUAAGUAAAGAUGACAACUUUUGUUAGACAUGAUGUGUUCCUCAGCUAGCAUGGUUAAUGCAGUUCUGCUUACAGCCAUCAUUAGCGCUCUAUAACAGUGCUGCUAUGUUCCCUUUUUUUUCCAAUCAAUUUCACAUUUGUUGCACCUGCAUCCUGUCCUGAAUCCUACCUACCAACAAGCACCAGUUCCACUGCCUUAAUUCUAUUUAUACAUUACCAGUUUCAUGUCUCCCAGCAGACAGAUUGUACAAACCUUGAAAGUCCACCAAUUAUUUCAAGUGUCCUCUGUC